AUGCCCCGCCUCGUCCGUCGCACGCCCGUCCUCGAACGCAUAAAAGCCUAUCUCGAUCCCUCCGACUGGCUCAUCUGGAUUGCAGAGGAACUGAACAGCUCGGACUGGGAAGACUGUGCCUCAACGUACUCGCUCUACCUCGGCUUUAGCGCAAACUUUCUCUUCAUUCUUGCACAGGCAAACAGCGGCGCAUCCUCAACAUCCGAAGACGAUGGCGUGUUCAAUACAGUCCAGGGCCCCGGCUGGUUGAAGUGGUUUGCGAAUCUGGUGGUACUUGUGCUCAUGGGUACAAGUUUUGGCAAUGCGUGGCUGGUCUGGGGAAAGAGACGACAUUACAGGUUGUUUGAGCAGAGUGUGGAAAAGGCACCGCGGACACCGAGUGCGAAGCGCGUGCGAGUGGACUCCUCGCCUGCGAGUGCAUCACCAAUGGCAUUUGUGCGCAACUUGGUCACCAACUCGGCCGCGAGUCGGGCACAUCCGGAUGAGCACCGCGAUGUGUGGGAGAUUGCCGUUUGGGAUCCCAAUCCCCUUUGCUUGCAGCUGUUCUGCCUCUUCAGCCCACUGCACGUCCUACUUUACUACUUUAACCUUCCCGUGCCGCAGUUGGACCCACGGCCCAGCGUCAAGCUGACCACCACAAUCGUCAUCGGUCUAGUCCUAUCGUUGCAGAUGUGGUGGCUCCGUCGCUCCUUCAUCCAACAAACCAAAGACAACGCCAUCAUCAGCCGCGAAGUCCUCCACGAAUACGACUCCAAAUUCGUCCACCCAUCCCUCCAAAAGCCCUGCCGAGACGUUGCCAUCCAAACAAUCUCCAAGCGCCCCUACAAAGACUCGAGCGUCGGCGUCCGAGGCACCAGCGAUGGUCUCGCCAGCGAGAUCACCACCUACACCCCCAAGACCGUAAUCAACCGCACCUUCCGCACAAAUCCAAAUGCAAACUACGUAAAUCAAUACGACCCAGACAACGCAUCUACUACCUCUAUUGCCAGAUCCACACAAAACACCCCCCGUGCAUCCUACCACUCCACCACCGCCUCCGCGGCCGCCUCCUCCUCCGCAGUCCCAGACUUCUCCCCAAUCCGACAGUCACAACCACCUAACCCCUUCCACCAAGCUCCUCCCAUGCCACGAACCGCCCCCAACAACGAUGGAGGAUAUCUCGGCGUCAAAAUGCAUGCAGCCUCACCCCUGCGCAAAUCCGCAAGCGCGAAUUUUUUCCGCGAUGCAGAGGGGAGCAGGAUUGCGUCGCGCGGACGCGAGAGUCUGGGCGGAGCGGGGGAGAGAAGGGUUAGGGAGCGAGAGGGAAGUCCGCUGAAGAGGGCUAGUACACCUGUGGGAGAUGGGUUAGGGCAAGGAGAGGGGAGGAGGCUGUUUGGCAAAGGGGAUCGAUCGGGAGGAUAUGAGGGGUUGGGAGUCGGGCGAAGGGAGAGCUCGAGGUUUGAUUGA